CCUACACCACAGACAACUUGAAGUCUCUGCAAAAUAGCAAGAUCUCCCAGUCCAUCACUCGUCCAGAAACGGAAGAAACUAUCGAUCCCAUCUACAAGGGUAAUCCCUACAAUUGAUGCCCGAUGCAUACGGCCUCUGAUCCGGUCGGUCCCCCAGACUGCCUGCCCGGAUUGGAUUCCACCAGCCCAAGAACACCUCCCAAUAGGAAAACACAAAGGACCAACGGAUAUCCCAGCACCCUGAGCAUAUCCAAAGCACCAAAUCAACGCUCCCCCGAAUUCCCUCGACGUUACGCGUAGAAUUAAAGUUUCGCCCGU